CGAUGGCGACCACGCCCACCCUGGCCCUGUUCCUGCUCCUCCUGGGCGUCACCCGUGCACACAGCGACGGCCCCGCCCCGCGCAGGCCCAACUUCGUGCUCAUCAUGGCCGACGACAUGGGCAUCGGGGACCCCGGCUGCUACGGGAACCGGACGCUGAGGACCCCGAACAUCGACCGCCUGGCCCGGGAGGGCGUGAAGCUCACGCAGCACCUGGCGGCCUCGCCCCUGUGCACGCCCAGCCGCGCCGCCUUCCUCACCGGCCGCUACGCCGUGCGCUCGGGCAUGGCGUCGCGCAACCGCGUGGGCGUGUUCCUCUUCACCGCCUCCUCGGGCGGGCUCCCCCCCAGCGAGGUCACCUUCGCGCGGCUGCUGCAGGACCGCGGUUACGCCACGGGGCUCGUGGGGAAGUGGCACCUGGGCCUGAGCUGCCGGCACCGCGCCGACUUCUGCCACCACCCGCUGCGCCACGGCUUCGGCUUCUUCCUCGGGUUCCCGCUGAGCAACCUCCGCGACUGCCGGCCGGGCGCGGGCUCGGUGUGGGCGGGGCCGCUGGGCGUGGCCGCGGGGGCGGCGCUGCGGGCGCUGGGCGCGUGCGCGGCGGCGCUGGCGGCGGCGCGCGGGGCGGGGCUGGCGCGGGCGCGGGGCGGGGCCUGGGCGGCGCUGGCGUUGGCGUUGGCGGCGCUGGGCGUGGCCGCCGCGCCCCGGGCCCUGAGCCUCGGCUUCCGCCUCGCCAACUGCGUCCUCAUGGCCGGCCUGGAGGUGGCGCAGCAGCCGGCGGAGCUCGACGGCCUCGCGGGGGCGCUGGCGGCGCAGGGCGUGGCCUUCCUGGAGCGGCACGCGCGCGCCCCGUUCCUGCUGUUCGUCUCCUUCCUGCACGUGCACACGGCGCACUUCGCGGGGCCCGGGUUCGCCGGGCGCAGCCGCCACGGGGCCUACGGGGACUCGGCCGAGGAGAUGGACUGGGCCGUGGGUCAGAUCCUGGACGCCCUCGACCGCCUGGGGCUGACGAACGACACGCUCGUGUACUUCACGUCUGACCACGGCGCCCACGUGGAGGAGGUCAGCGCCGAGGGCGAGAUGCACGGCGGCAGCAACGGCAUCUACAAAGGCGGCAAGGCCACCAACUGGGAGGGCGGCAUCCGCGUCCCCGGGAUCGUGCGCUACCCGCGCCUCCUCACGCCCGGCCUCGAGGUGUCCGAGCCCACGAGCAACAUGGACGUGUUCCCCACGGUGGCCAAGCUGGCCGGGGCGGAGAUUCCUUCCGACAGGAUCAUCGACGGGCGUGACAUGAUGCCGCUGCUGCAGGGCCACGCCCCGCGGUCGUCGCACGAGUUCAUGUUCCACUACUGCAACGCCUACCUCAACGCCGUGCGCUGGGCCCCGCCCAACGAGACCGCCGUGUGGAAGGCCUUCUACUUCACGCCCAACUUCGACCCCCCGGGCGCCAACGGCUGCUUCUCCACGCUCGUGUGCUUCUGCGCGGGCGACCACGUGACGCGCCACGACCCCCCGCUGCUCUUCGACCUCUCGCGCGACCCCGGCGAGCGCCGACCUCUGACCCCGGCCUCGGAGCCGCGGUUCCACGCGGUGCUGGCGGCCAUGGCGGACGCGGCCGACGCCCACGCGCGCACGCUCGACCCCGCGGUGCCCGACCAGCUCUCGCUCGCCAACCUGGUGUGGAAGCCGUGGCUGCAGCUGCGCGGCCCGACCGUCGCGUGACGCUGAUAUGAAGUUGGCAUGACGUUGGCAUGACCUUAGCAUGAAGUUGGCGUGUUCCCGUCACGCGUGGACUCGGCGUGACUCCCCGGGAGGCGUCGAGGCCGACAACUGUGAGCAACGCACGCGACACCGACCACACGCGUGUUACAUACGUGACCUUGGCGUGUUCAGGUCGUGCCGCCCCACACACACACACACACACGAAACCCCAUGCAGUCAGCACUUUCGGUCACGCGUGACCCCUGUUCCCCGACACGCGUGUCCAUUCCCGACCCUGGCACACGCAGCACUUUAGUCCCCGCGACACAGCACACGUAUGAAGAAUAUUUAUUCUCCCUGGCCCCGCCCAGAACAUCAAUAAAUCACAGCACUGGG